AUGUUGUUUAAAUUUGUAGCAGGUCCUAGGAAGAAAAAACCAGGAACCGUUCCUGUCUACCUAAACGUCUAUGACCUCACACCUAUUAACGGUUAUGCUUAUUGGUUUGGACUUGGAAUCUACCAUUCAGGUGUUCAAGUUCAUGAUGUUGAAUAUGGUUUCGGGGCACAUGAAAAUGACACAACAGGUAUUUUUGAAGUGCAACCGAAAAACUGUCCUGGUUUCACUUUCAGAAAAUCUAUAUUCAUUGGAACAACGGAUCUGGGUAGUAAAGAUGUUGGUGUUUUCAUGGAGAAACUAGCUCGAGAAUAUUCUGGAAAUUCUUAUCAUCUUAUUUCCAAGAAUUGUAACCAUUUUUGUGAUGAUGUUUGUUACAAAUUAACCGGGAAAUCGAUUCCGAGAUGGGUUAAUCGACUUGCCAGACUUGGUUUAUUUUGCAACUGUGUUCUUCCACCCGGCUUAAACGAAACAAAGGUUCGACAAGUUACAUCCGACAAGGUACAAGAAGGUGAAAAACGGAAAAUCAGAAGUCAAUCCAGCAGAUACGAGGCUUCGUCCAACCCUCGCGGUUCAUCAAGACAUUGCCUUCGUCCAUCGUCUUUGAUGAAAGCUUCUUCAACAACGACAUUGACAGUAAAGUAA